UAUGUCAGGUAUUCAUGCUGAUAUUGCUGAAGCAAAAUAUAAAUACUGGUCUAUGUUCGCCCCGAAUCCAGAUGAAGUUGUAUUAGCCGCAGGAGAGAAAGCUAAAGAGGAAACAGACCUGGAUUUAGAGGAUACAGAAUAUCAACGCGAUCUGAAGGAACUUUCUGGAGAGGGAAAUAUUGAGAACAUGCUUUUUGUCGAGCAAGGUUUGCGGCAAUUGGCUUCACUAAAGGUAGAAGAAGCAUUGGCAGUUGCAUUGGCUCAACAUAGGCGACCAAAUUUAUUGAAAGCAGGUUUUUCAGGUGCCAAGUUAAAUAAUAUAUCAACUAAUUUUAUAGGUUUUUAA